UAGUUACAUUAAUAUGAAGUAGUUUCAAAUCCCAAAUAUACGUGUUUUCUUCUUUCCCAGAAAAAGAAGAGUGAGAAAGAGUGAAAGUGAAUGUGAAAGUCAACACACAAAGAGAUCAGAGAUGGAUCAAAUAGAGCACAAAUUCGUGGAAGUGAAUGAGCUAAAGCUCCAUAUAGCUGAGAUUGGAAAUGGGUCAAAACCAGUGGUAUUGUUCUUGCAUGGUUUCCCUGAGAUAUGGUAUUCGUGGAGGCACCAGAUGGUUGCUGUGGCUAAUGCUGGUUUCAGAGCCAUUGCACCCGAUUACAGAGGUUAUGGACUAUCCGACCCGCCACCCGAACCCGAGAAGACCACAUUCUCUGACUUCGUUAAUGACUUGGUUGCUCUCCUUGAUGCUCUUGGCAUUUCUAAAGUAACUCUAGUUGCUAAAGAUUUUGGUGCUAGGCUGGCUCAGUUACUGGUUCUCUUACACCCCGAACGAGUUAUAGGAGUCGUCACAUUAGGUACUCCUUUUGUACCUUUAGGUCCUCGAAAAUUUCUCGAGGCCUUUCCAGAAGGCUUCUAUGUUUCCAGAUGGCAGGAACCAGGAAGGGCAGAAGCAGAUUUUGCUAGGCUUGAUGCUAAAACUGUUUUGCGCAACAUAUACAUCCUCUUCUCCAGAUGUGACAUACCAAUAGCAGCACCUGAUCAGGAGAUAAUGGAUUUAGUGGACUCAUCAACCCCUCUACCCCCUUGGUUCUCGGACGAAGACCUUUCAGCGUAUGGUGCUCUAUAUGAGAAAUCUGGAUUUCGAACUGCAUUAAAGGUUCCUUAUAGGUCGCUCAACGAAGAGUUUAACAUUUCAAACCACAUAAGAAGUGGACAAGUGAAAUACUUCGCUACCAAUUUGGAGAUAGAGUUCUUGCCGGAAGGAUCCCAUUUCGUUCAAGAGCAAUUGCCAGACCAGGUCAAUGAGCUGAUACUCAAGUUUCUUAAAAGUCAUUCUUAAUCUGGAUGUUCAGCUUCUUGGAUUUUGGAACCGCAAAGAGAUCUCAAAUAUUUCGAUGAACUCUGGUGUCAACUGUGACAUCCUGCAUUGCAGAGGCGGAUGUAGUGAACAACUAACAGGUUCAACUGAACCCAUAACUUUUGACGCGGAGUAAAAAUUUAUAUGUAAAAAUUCAUUAAAAUUACAAAAAUAGUGAAUAUGUACUCAUAACUUUAAAAAAAUAAUGGGUUCAAUACUAAAAACCUUAAAAGUUGAACCCAUAGGAUUUAAAUCCUUGGUCGCUGCAUUGGACGACAAAGUCUUAUAUGAAAAUUCAAGGGCAUCUAACUUUUAGUGCACUGUGUAAUAAAGUUAGCCUAGAUUUUGUCCAAUUUUAAGAAGGAUUCUACUAUCUUCCUAUCUCAAGGCUAGGCUUUUGUUUUGUGAUCAUUAGGCUUUUGUAAUAAAGUUUUAUUCUCUUUA